ACUUUUAAUGAAACUUUCUUGGAAGGGUAAAAUUUUUGUUUGGCUAGUCCCGAACGCCGAAUUUUCAAGAAAAGCGUAGUUUUUGACGUAGUUAUUGGUGAUUUCGUUUGCUCAAGUGUACAACUUUGUUGUUUGCGAUUGGGUUUUUGGGCGGCUUAUUAGUUUCCGUUGUUUCCAGCUCUGAACAACAGCUGACGUACGUGUCGUGAAAUGGCUGCUGGGUCAACGCUGCAAAAGGCGAUCGAUAUCGUAACGAAGGCCACUGAAGAGGAUCGCAACAAGAACUACGAGGAAGCGUUACGCCUGUACGAACAUGGGGUGGAGUACUUUCUGCAUGCCAUUAAAUACGAGGCGCAGGGUGAUAAAGCAAAGGAUUCUAUUCGAACGAAAUGUCUCCAAUACUUGGACCGAGCGGAGAAAUUGAAGGCAUACUUGAAGAAGGGCAAAAAGAAACCAGUUAAGGAUGGCGGUAGUAGUUCGAAGGAAGAUAAGGGUAAAAAGGAGGGCGAUAGUUCCGAUUCCGAUUCGGAUGAUCCAGAAAAGAAGAAACUACAAUCGAAAUUGGAGGGGGCAAUCAUCGUGGAAAAACCGCACGUCAAAUGGUCCGACGUAGCCGGUUUGGAAGGAGCGAAGGAAGCGCUGAAAGAAGCGGUCAUCCUUCCGAUUAAGUUUCCACAUUUGUUCACAGGGAAACGUAUUCCGUGGAAAGGCAUUCUAUUGUUCGGGCCACCAGGAACCGGUAAAUCUUAUUUGGCAAAAGCAGUAGCCACCGAAGCAAACAAUUCGACUUUCUUCUCCGUGUCCAGUUCGGAUCUAGUAUCCAAAUGGCUAGGAGAAUCGGAAAAGCUAGUGAAAAAUCUUUUUGAAUUAGCUCGCACCCAUAAACCAAGCAUUAUUUUUAUCGACGAAGUAGAUUCACUAUGUUCUUCACGAUCGGACAAUGAGAGUGAAAGUGCACGUCGUAUCAAGACCGAAUUUCUCGUCCAGAUGCAGGGUGUCGGUAGUGAUAACGACGGAAUUCUUGUACUAGGAGCUACCAACACUCCGUGGAUCCUUGACUCGGCUAUCAGAAGACGAUUUGAGAAACGCAUAUACAUCCCGCUACCCGAAGAGCACGCUCGUUUGGUCAUGUUCAAGCUGCAUCUGGGAAAUACGGCUCACUGUUUGUCGGAGGAAAACAUUCGUACGUUGGCUAAGAAAACGGAAGGAUAUUCCGGGGCGGAUAUCUCGAUUGUGGUUCGAGACGGACUAAUGCAACCGGUACGAAAGGUUCAAUCUUCAACCCACUUCAAGAGAAUAACUGGACCAUCACCGACCGAUAAGGAAACCAUAUGCAACGAUCUGCUGGUGCCGUGCAGUCCCGGGGAUCCUGAUGCGAUCGAGAUGACCUGGAUGGAGGUACCGAGCGACAAACUGUCCGUUCCUCCGGUGACAAUGGGCGACAUACUGAAAUCGUUGUCAAGUACCAAACCUACCGUAAAUGAGGAGGACAUGAAAAAGCUGGACAAAUUUACGGAAGACUUUGGCCAAGAAGGUUAGCGCGGCAAAGCUGGCAAAUCGAUUUAUGUUGCCUUUUGUCCUAGCGUGCGCACCCUGCUUGUCCUGUAUGCGUUUUCUCUGUAAGUCUACGGUUCUUUUAAAUAAUAAAUGCCAGGAAUCACCAGCUAAACGAAGGAUUAUAUGACUUUAUUCGAGAGAGUUUAUAACUUAAUAGAUAUUUUGUAGAUUUAUGCAGUAAAUUGCUACAAAUAAAUGUUGGCAUCUGGACCUGUUAAAAUUUGUUCGAUAUUUAAAUUAAGUUUCACUACUUUACGAAUGAGGGUCGCAUGCACCAAAAACAGAAAGAAACAAAAUAAAUUUGAGAAACCCGAUGUAACAAUAAUUUAAGUCUAAUAUAUUCUCUGGACUUUUGCUCGAGUACAGUUGCAUGUGUUGUUGACUGAAAAAAAAAUCUACAAUACAAAACUGGCUUCGGAAUCAUGAUUGGAGAUCAAUAAAAUGUUAUCGCUGGAAA